GGUCGACACAAGAGGAACGCCACGUUUCCAGGCGGCCAGACAGCCAGCUUGCUGCAGUCAUCAACAACUAGGAAAUAUUCUGCGGACGCGUCGACGCUGCGCGACGUGGCGGACGGUUGCGGCGGCACCAGGACGCGUUACUGUUCUGGGGGCGCGACCACGUGGCCCGGGCCGAGGGUGCAGCCGCCGCAGCCCGAGAUACCAACCUCGCCGCGCCUGCGCCUAUUGACACCAAAGUUCGUGUGUGACUUUUUGGAUGUAUGUACGUGUGAUGGAUACGUUUUCGAGAAAGUAUACACAGACCAGCCGGUGUCGUCAGCGUCGCCUCCAACCCGGGACAAGAUCAACGGUGAGGAGAAGGCCUGGUCGCGACGCAGGGGAGACCUGGCAGAACCCGCGGCGCCUCCCGUCACUGACGAGGGCGUGCGGUCCCCGCUGCUGCAGCAACAGCACCAGCAGUACGACGAACAGUUGCGCGACAUCGCCGCAUCUCUCACGAGACCCAGGUCCCGGAGAGCGCUACCACCCACGCUCGAGAGACCCACCAGGCUCCCGCCGCCAGAUCGACUCCCAGCACGUGGCUCGCCAGAUGGUGGGAUACCACCAGAAGAGGGCAACUCCAGCUCAGCAAGCGAGGGUAGUGAGCCUACUGAUGUGGCAGAAGCCACUGAAGGCGGUGAGGGUGGAAGAGUAGAACUUCCGGCAGAAAGGCUCCUUCAUGCAAGGGCUGGGUGGUUACAGCGAAGAAGCCCGGGUGGCUGGUCGCGACACUGGUUUGUCCUGCGAGGAGCAGCCCUCUUAUACUUCAGGGAUCCGCAUGCAGAGCACCGGGGGUUGAUGGACGGGGUCAUCGAUCUGAGUGGCAUAUCGAGGGUGGUGGACCUUCCGACUUCGGCGUCCACUAAUGGCUAUGCUUUUGAGACUGAGACUUGGGAUGGAAAGCAUAUUGUGUUAUCGGCGGUGACAGCGGGCAUAAGGGCUAACUGGGUAUCAGCAAUGAGAAGGACAGCAGGUCUGCCCGACACAGGACCGCUGUCACUAAUACUACGAGAAGAUAUAGUUGACCAGGCGUCGGAAUCUUCAACAUCACCCGUCACACCAGUCACUCCAGUCACUGGAAAAUUAGCACCGUUCUCUUCAGAUGAAGAAUAUCGAACGGCGUCCGAAGGUGGCAGAAGAGAUAGCGCUGACUGGGGUGAUGUAGGUACGCAGCCUCCACCAUCCCCCAUCCUUAACCGCACCCCAAUAUCUAAAGUUAAAGAAAAAGUUCGCGGAAGAAGCAGUCAUCAAGUACCACCAAAAACAGAUGCAGCUAAAGACGAAAUCGAUUCCACCAAAGAGAAAGAAAACCCCUUGUUGAAGUUGAUGAAAACGAAAACCAAUAGAACCGAAAACGCGCAGUUACAUAUCGACUAUUGA